AUGCACAACACCAAUGAGCAGCGAGACUUCCACCACCCAUACACACCAUACGAUAUCCAAAAUGAACUCAUGGGUGCUGUCUAUACAUGCCUGGAAGAAGGCAAAGUCGGUAUCUUCGAGUCGCCGACCGGAACCGGCAAAACGCUGAGCCUCAUCUGCGGCUCGCUGACGUGGCUGCGCGAUCACAAAAGACGGACAUUCGAGGAAGGAUUUACAGUCGAUGCGGCAAAUAGCGAGGAGCCGUCGUGGAUAGUCGAACACGCCCAGAAGCAGCGGAAGCAGGAAGCGCUGAGACGCAAACAAGAUUUGGAUGACCGCAUCGCGAAGAUCAAGGCGAAGGAAAAGCGCGCCAAAGAGCGUUACGAGAGCGGCGAGCCGAGAUACAAAAGGCAGAGGACUGCUGUGGGUGAGGACGAAAACGAAGGCGAUGCGCAAUUUGCGCUCGACGACUACGAAAGCGAUGAAGAGUCGCACAAGCGGGCGAGGGCAGGCGGGUUUGAUGAGUCUGGGCUGUCGGCAGAAACCCAAGCAUUGAUGGCAUCACUCGGUUACAGCACGGAUGCAUCGAAAGACGACGACGGAGAAGCGCCUGACGAGACGAAGAUCUUUUUCUGCUCUCGGACGCACUCUCAGUUGACGCAGUUCUCCAGUGAAUUAGGCCGCGUCAGGAUGCCGCCCGCCAUCACUCCGGACGAAGACAAAAACGACAGCGAGGUAGACACAUUCGUAGAAGACGUAAAGCACCUCACUCUCGGAUCAAGGAAGAAUCUCUGCAUCAACAGCAAAGUCAAUAAGCUCGGAAGUGCCACGGCCAUCAACGAACGAUGCCUCGAACUACAGCAAAACACCAAAACCGAGAGCCGCUGUCCACACAUGCCGACUAAGGAGAGCGAGCCGUUGGUCAAUGAGUUCAGAGACCAUGCGCUUGCCAAGAUUAGAGAUAUCGAGGACUUGGGCGUGCUAGGGAAAAAGCUGGGUGUGUGUCCCUACUAUGCUUCGCGACCAGCGACCAAAUACUGCGAGAUUGUAACACUACCGUAUCCCCUCCUCCUCCAGCGCACUGCUCGCGAAGCCCUCGGUCUCUCCCUCAAAAACCACAUCGUCAUCAUAGAUGAAGCACACAACCUCAUGGACGCCAUCGCUGGCAUCUACUCCGUAUCCGUGACACUAGAACAGGUGCAACAAGCGCGCGCCCAACUGACAGCCUACCUCCACAAGUUCCGGAACAAGCUCAAGGGAAAGAAUCGCGUCUAUGUUGCUCAGACAGUCCGUAUACUGGACUCCAUCAUCGCGUACUUACAGUCAAUCGAUGGUAACGCGAAGGCGGUGGACGGCCUGGUGGACAUGGCUGCGAUCAUGUCAGGGAAAGGCGUCGAUCAGAUCAACAUCUAUAAGCUCAAUACAUAUCUCCAGGAAAGCAGACUCGCGCGCAAAGUCGACGGGUACACCGUCUUCGCUGAGCAAGCUGAGAACGCGAGCGUGCAGACGUCGACAACCAAGUCAAUCAAGAGCGGACCCAGACAUACUGUACCAGUCCUGAUGCACGUACAAUCCUUCCUCCUGUCUUUGAUGAACCCAUCCAGCGAAGGCCGCUUCUUCUACUCCAAGGAGGAAGCUGCAGGAACAACGCUCCGAUACAUGCUCCUCGACCCAACAUACCACUUCAAAGACAUUGUCGAAGAAGCGAGAGCAAUCGUACUUGCCGGUGGUACCAUGUCUCCAAUGAGCGACUACGAGCAACACCUGCUCUCCUACCUCGCUCCCUCCAAGAUCACAACGCUAUCCUGCGGGCACGUCAUACCGCCGUCGAACCUCCUCGCCUUACCCAUUAUCCGCGGGUCAAGCGGCGCAGACUUUGACUUCACCUUUGAGAAUCGCAACAAAGAAGCCACGAUGCUGGACCUGGGGAAUGCCAUUUUAACAUUCGCACAGCACAUUCCCGAUGGCGUCGUCGUCUUCUUCCCCAGCUACGGUUUCCUCGACGCGUGCGUCGCAGCGUGGAAGCGCAUCAAGUCGUCAUCACCGUCGUCAACAUCACGUACUUUCUGGGACGCAUUCACCGCAACAAAACCCACUUUCCUCGAGCAACGCAGCAACAGCCAACAGCAACCUUCUUCCACCCAGCAACAGCCACCACACUCCACCAAAGAAGCAGCCGUAGCGUCCGUCCUCACAGCAUACAGCACCGCCAUCGCCUCUUCUGCGAACCACCGUGGCGCCCUCCUCUUCGCCGUCAUCGGCGGCACCCUCUCCGAAGGCAUAAACUUCAGCGACGCACUCGGCCGAGGCGUCGUCGUCGUCGGCCUUCCCUUUCCCAAUCCCCAUUCUGCAGAGUGGAAGAGCAAAAUGCAGUAUAUACAGGCCAAAAGUGGUAGUGGGGUGGAUGGCAAGGCGGCUGCACGCGAGUUUUACGAGAACGCUUGCAUGAGGGCGGUGAAUCAGUGUGUGGGGAGGGCGAUUAGACAUAAAGGGGAUUAUGCGAGUAUAUUGAUGUUGGAUAGGCGGUAUGGGAGUAAGCGGAUUCAGGAUAAGCUGCCCAGGUGGAUAAGGGGGAGUUUGACUGGGGGGUUGAGCGUGGGAGAUGUUGGGGCGAGGUUGGAUGGCUUCUUUGCGACUAAGAAGUAA